AUGUAUUAGUUUGUAAUUGAUGGGUUGUCAUAUGCAUUAAAUGAGAUAAUGCAUGCAAAGAAUUUGGCAGAGUGCUUGAUAUAUGGCAAAACCUUCCUAAAUGGUAGCCAUUUGUCUUAACGUUAACAACAGUCAUUUCUGUUGUUAUGGGGUGGGUAGAGGAUACAACACUGAGAGUCCAGCUAGGAGAUAUAUAAAAUCUAAAGGGGCUGUUCUAUAGUUUUAAAUGAGGACUAAGUGGGGUACGAUUUUACUUCCGUCCCAGUGAAUCAUUUUGCACUUGACAUAUCCUGGGGCUUACCAGGUACGGGGAUAAAAGGGAAAUAGGAUGUGUGUAGACAGUGUAUCUGAAGUAAGUAUGGAUGGACAAGUAGGAUUUCAACAGAUGUGUGGGGUGGGGUAGGGAGGAGAGAAUGCAGGUAGAGGGAAUACUAUGAAUAAAGGGGCUAGCAAAAUGUUGGGAGCAUUUUCAGGGCAUAAACUUAGUCCAUUACACUGGUGGCCCAGGAUAUACGCGAGAGCAGUGAGGGAAGGGAGUAGUGGAAAAUUGAGAGCAGUCUAGAUGAUCUUAAACGCCAUGCCAGCAAGUUGUAUCUUAUUCACUCGGCAAUACUGAAUCAUUGAAGUUUUUUAUUGUGAGAUAAUAUGAGGAGGUUUGGAUUUCAGGAAGCUUACUUAAUAUAAACUAUACUAGUGGGUAUGACAAGACGCAUGUAGUUGAAACACUUAGUGUCAGACCAUGGGGUGUAGAUGGUAAAAGCCCACUUUGAAGAGGGCAGCUAUAGAUCUAGUCACUUUUUCUAACUCAUAAUGUGGGCUUUGUGCUGCCAAUUAAUCUCAUUUUUUUCAAUAAGCAAUAGCAAUCCAGAUUUCUAUCUUUCAGUUUUUAAAUUUAGAAGUUGAUACAAGCAAUUGUUGGGUCAAACAAAGCACAUCUGCUGGUUGGACUUUGCCUGUGGAUUUCUGGUUUGGGACAUCCUGGGGUUACGUUCGCAGUCCUAUCUUUUUAUGUCUCCUCCAGAACUCUCCUCGUGAACAUUGGUUAGAGACAUCAACACUCCUCUCUAUGGCAGAAGAGGAUGAGUUGUACUGAAAGUGCAGAAACAUUCUCAGGCAAGACAGACGUCUUGGGAGUUGGUGUCGGAUGGCCUUGAUCUUCUUUGAAGUGCAGUACUCCACCUCUUUGGUCUGCUGUUACUCACCUUUCAGAGUUAUCUGAUGGUUACUUUAUUUUUCUGUCCAGGAUUUUUAGUUCUACUCCAUAGGAAAGAUUGUACCGCAUCUGCUUGCUCUAUCUUAACUGGAACCAGAGCCCUUCUAUGUAAUUUGUACAAUCUUGUCCACUAGAUCUGAUAGUUAUUGAGGAUAAUGCGUGAGAAUUGGUUACUCCGUAUAUCAGCAUAUCCAAUUGAGGGUCCAGUGCACGAUAUUCAAUCGUGGCUUAGAAUCUUUUAAUUAUUAUCUUUGUUGUUAUUUUUAUUAAAGCACAGGAUCAAUUCCUGCUCCACAGCUGGUGAAGCUUUCCUACCCUUGACAGCGGUUAUUUUCCACAUUUAGAUUUUAAGAUCAGUCUCUUUGCGGUUGACAAAUAAAUAAUUUAAGUUUUUAUCCAGAUUACUACUUUGUUUUGCAGUGCUGAAACUUUUGUGCUGGAGAAAUGUCUUCAGAGUCAGAAAAGGAUAAAGAGAGGCUGGUGCAAGCUGCCAAAACGUUUUUCUUUCACAUGCAAGAUCUUGUUGCCUUCACUAACACAUUUAUAGAAUCGUUUAACAGCACUAUGAAUGCCCAGAUCCACUCCCUGACUGUGAAGGAAGAUGCUAACGUUAAGGAUGUCUUUGAACAACUCUUCACAGUCUUUAAGGAGAUACAGUGUGUCCUGGAGGCAAAGAUGCAAAACGACCAGAUGCAAAAGGAACCUUUAUGUUCCAAGAUUGCAACAGCGAUUUGCUCUAUGGUUGAGAAGAGAGCCAAUGUCAAGGAGCUGCAGCAGUCAGCUAGAGAAAAGUUCAAGAAUGUUCAGACACCAGUCAUCGUUGCUGCACUGAAUAGCAGUAACAUCCUUGGCACUUUGGACUCUUCUCUUUCACUCUUGAUGACAUGUCCUAUCAUGAAACUUCAGUUAAGUGACCUCUAUCAAAAAGACACCGAAGACCAAUCAGAGGCCAACACCUCUGAGAAAAACCAAAGUCCAGGUCCAUCCAAAAUCGGUACAGCAGACAUCUUGAGAAAAUUGCAGGAUGUGUUAAAAGCUGAACAUUUCAAGAAUACCAUGGAGUCAGUUGUAAAUCAGUUGGAGCAAAUUGGCAGAACUCUGGCACCAAUCUUAGAGAUCCUCCAAAAAGCCGUAAAUAUUAUGGAAUCCAAGAUUCCUGUGCCCAAGAAAACCAAUGACCAGUAGGAAUGCAAGAGGGGCUCAUUUCUGUCAGAACAUCAGUUCAUGUCCUGAGAAUUUUGAGAGCAUGUUCUAAGACCUUUGCUGCCAGAAAGGUGUUAUAUUAGGAUGUAAGUGCAAAAAGUAGCCACCUGGAAGACCAUUUACCUCAAGUUUUGUUUUAUUCAAAUAAAACUAAUCAAAGAAAGCCUGCUUGUCAUGGCAGUUACUAAAAAUAACAUGUUGUUCAGAAAAUCAAGGUAGUGUAUUACAUUUGGGGAUGUCUCUAAACAUUACAUAUCAUCUUAAUGCAUAAUUAAAAUAACUUUAAUUUCCACUCUUGGUAAGUCUAUUUCUGGAUACUACAGUGUGAAGUCCAGGUAAAUGUAAACAUUAUUGUUAGAUAAUCUGGCAGAAAGUACUGCUCAGGUGCAGGAAACAUGUAAAAUAUCCUUCUGCAUUUUUAAAAAGAUUU